CCGAGAGCCAGGCUCGUCUAGGUGUGGCUUGGGGUGUUUUUGUUCGCUGCAGCGGUUUCAGUCGACACAGUCCAGGUGAGACACUGAAGAGGACUCUUCAGACACCAAGCGACAGAUUCUUUUCACAGGCAGCACCCAGUGGAUCCAGCAGUAAUGUCCUCCAGGCCCAAUGGGAGUCCACCUCCCUACGAGGAAGAUGGAUAUAAUGGUCCUCCCCAGCCAGCUUAUUCUUAUUAUCCAGAUGACGAGUUCCAGCAUUUCUACCGCUGGACAUCUCCACCAGGCAUCCUCAAAAUCAUGGCAAUCAUAGCUAUUGUGAUGUGUGUCGCAAUAUUUGCUUGUGUCGCCUCCACUCUGGCUUGGGACACCCAGGGAGCCCUGUCUGGCUUUGGGGGUAUCGGUGGCUCCGGCGCAGGUUAUGGCAGCAGUUAUGGUAGUGGGUAUAGCAAUGGGUAUGGAUUUGGAGGUGGUGCUUAUGGAGCUGGAAACAACUAUGGCUACGGCGGACUUGGAGGGAACUACAAUGACCCUCGAAAAGGGAAAGGAUUUAUGAUUGCCAUGGCAGCCAUCACUUUCAUCAUCUGCCUGGUCAUCUUCAUAAUCGUAGUGUCCCACCAGAGCCUAUCAGAGAGCAGGAGAUUCUACUUAGCAGUGUUGAUCAUCUGUGCCAUCCUAGCACUGCUAAUGCUUAUAGCCUCCAUAGUGUACUUGAUGGCAGUGAACCCCAUGGCCCAGUCAUCUGGGUCUGUUUACGCCAACCAGAUUGCUGGCCUGUGUGCCCAGUACCAACAACCACAGGCGUCGGGAAUGUUUGUCAACCAGUACCUUUACCACUACUGCGUGGUGGAGCCACAAGAGGCCAUCGCUGUGGUGUUUGGCUUCCUGGUGGCCAUCGCCCUGAUCAUCAUGCUCGUCUUUGCUCUGAAGACUCGCCAGAAAAUCAGAAACUAUGGCAAAAGCAACAUUCUGUGGAGGAGAGUGAAGGUUAUCGACGAGAAUCUGCCACCUCAGGAUGUCGAGGCAUGGGUGAACAACGUUUCCGCUGCCCCUGAAGAGCUCCCGAUGUCCCACCACCAUGAGAAGCUGAGAGGCUCCAGGAGCCACCUGGAUGACGAAAGCACAAACUAUGACAAACCCACUUACAGCUACUCCCCACAGCCUCCAGUUGAAAACACCAUGCCUUUGCUGGAUGGGGCUCCCUACAGCAGUAACUCAGAGGUGGCCAGUUCGACUGGACGGCCCAAAAAGAGGCGUCAUGGUCGUCCUCAUCGUGCUGAUGGACAGGACUACGACACUGACUACAACUCCUCAGGAGAUGAACUGGAUGACAACGACUUUGACAGUGAAUUUCCUCCCAUAGCAGACGAGAAGGUGCGCAACGACUACAAGCAUGAAUUUGACCGUGAACACCAGGAGUACAAGGACCUGCAGGCCGAGCUGGACGCCAUCAAUAAGAAUCUGUCAGACAUAGACAGAGAGCUUGACGAGCUGGAGGAGGGAAGCCCACAGUUCCUGGAUGCCUUGGAUGAAUACAACAGGAUAAAGAACAUUAAAAAAUCUGCAAAUUAUCAGAUGAAGAAGCGCAGGUGUAAAUAUCUGAAGUCCAAACUGAACCACAUCAAGAAAAUGGUCAGCGAUUAUGACCACAGGGCCUGAACAAAAAGAAUAUGCAAGGAUUAUACACCUGUCUGAGACGUGACAGAGAGGACUAAAUGGGGUUUUGGCGCAGUUGCGGAAACAUUGGAGACUUUUGGACGGAGCUGUGCUGGUUCAUAUCGAACACAGAAUCUUUUUAAGUGUUUGAGCUCAUUUCUGUUGAAACUUAGCAAAGGUACCUUGGAAAGACAGACAAUCAAUAUUCUGUCCUGUAUUAUGUCUCUCUUUGUAUUAUGAGCAUCACAUGACAUACAUACUGUUUUAUCUAUUUAUUUCACCAAAUGUGAUCUAAACAGUCUUAUAGAGGAGUUAUGCUACUAGAUUGUGGAGUAAAUACAAUUAAUUGUUUGUUUUUUUAUAGCUAUUACUCGCUUUUACUCAUUUUAAUCUAUUGUCGUUUUUUUAAGCAAUGUGAACACGUAAAUAUGUGGGGAGCUUAUCUACAUUUUCGAGCAGUUUAUAGAAAUAAGUGGAAAUAAGACACUUUCAAAUGAUUAUGCAUGUUUGAUGCCUACUGGUGUACUCUGACCGUCAGUUGUGAUGUUUUUAUUAGAAUAAACUCCUUUAUUAAACA